AGGACAAGGGUGAGAAAGAUGACAAAGCCGGUGGUGAUGACAAGGUAGACUGGAAGAAGAGCAGUGCGGGAGGCAAAGACUGGGAGGACUGGUCAUCCAAGAAAAAGGACGACUGGAAGGAUGCCAAGGACAGCAAGUGGAGUGGGGGAUCCAAGAGCGAUUGGAAGGAUGGAAAAGACUGGAAAGGGUCUUCAGACUGGAAGAAGGGCAGCGAUUCCUAUGGAAGCGCAGGCGGAAAGUGGGACUCCUCCUGGUCCGGCAAGAAGGACUGGUCGUCCGGCUAUGACAAGACUUCCUAUGGAAGUGGUACUAAAAGCUAUGAUAAAGGCGGCUACGACAAGAUGGACACGUCAUAUGACAAGUACGACAAGACCUACGACAAGUCAUACAGCAAGCCGUAUGACAAGUCGUACGACAAGUACGACAAAUCGUACGACAAGUAUGACAAGUACGACAAGACAUAUGUCAAGUACGACAAGUACGACUAUGGGGGCAAAUCCUCCUAUGCGGCAAGGGAUGAUGAUAGAUAUGGCCGGGGUGGUGGCUACGGCAAGGACUAUGACUAUGGCCGUGGCGAUCGACGUGACCCAGAGCCUCGCGACAGGGACCGCAGAAGGCAUGAUGAUCCGCCGGCAGAUGGCAGAGGCCGAGAUGCCGGAGGUGAGAGGCGUACCAUUGUCGUCUCCAACCUGCAGGGCCUUCACAUCAACCGCCGAGACCUGGAAACCGCCUUCCGCUCUGUGGGGCAGGUUAUGAGUGCCAAUGUGGGUGGUGACGUUGCCACAAUCACCUUCCGAGAGGAAGGCUCAGCAAAGGAUGCUGUGCGUCGAUUCCAUGGCGGCCAGCUGAAUGACCGCCAGAUUGAUGUCUAUUUGGAGGGUGAUGAGCCCCCGAGGAGGCGAGCUGCGGCAGGUGGCAGCAAUCGAGCUCCACCUGCAGGCAGCCGCAGAAGUAGAAGCCCUAGGCCAACAGGCGGUGGCUAUCGGGAUGCACGACCGAGCGGAAUGAACACAUCUCGUCGGGCAGAACCAACGCCGCGCGCCAGGAAUGAGGGCGCCAGCCGUGGCACAGGGCGAGAGCCUCCGCGGCGGGCGCCCGUGGACGACCGCCGCCGGCGCAGGUCGCCAUCCCCGAGGAGGAGAUGAAUACAUCUCGUUUCCGAUGGGUAGUUCCUCAGUUUCGCCUUUGCUAGUUUCCUGACACUUUGACCGCGCAACCCUUGGAGGAGCAGUAAAAGGCGGCUAUGAUUGUGAUGCCUGGGAUUAGAGAUCUGGACGGAAGCAUUGCGGAG